AUGGCGACAGUACUACCCCCACCUAGCAAACGCCAGCGACGCGAGAUUGACGAGAAAGCCCGGGAACAGCAGGAGGUUGAUUCAAUCCCAGAGAACCUGGGAAGCGUCCGAGUUCAAUUUUUUGACCAGUCUACUGGAAGUGCCUCUGGGCCGGCUGUAGCUGUUCCGUUAGGUGAUGCCACAGUGAGGAAUUUGGAAAUACUGCUGAAUACCCUUCAGGGCAAUGAUGACGAUGAAAGGAUCCCUUAUCGAUUUGCGUAUAAGGAAGACGAUAAGGAUGGCAAUCUAGUUGAUAUCUCAUCUGACUUGUACCAUUCUCUACUCCAACCUGGUAUAAAGACCACUGAAGACAUUAUACACCUACAAUAUACACCGCAGGCUGUGUUCCGUGUCAAGGCUGCAUCCCGAUGCUCGGCAUCAAUAGUAGGACAUGGAGAAGCUAUAUUAGCGACAUCUUUUGCUUCAUCCUCAUCUUCACGAAUGGUAUCGGGAAGUGGCGAUUCAACAGCACGUAUAUGGGACUGUGAUACUGGGACACCGUUGCACACUCUUAAAGGACAUUCCAGCUGGGUUCUGGCUGUGAGUUGGUCACCCAACGAUAAGAUAAUAGCCACUGGAAGUAUGGAUAAUACCGUCAGACUAUGGGAUCCUCAAACUGGCCAAGCGUUAGGAGGCCCCAUGAAAGGACAUUCAAAAUGGAUCAUGAGCCUUGCAUGGGAACCGUAUCACCUACAGAGCCCUGGGAAACCCAGACUAGCAUCAGCAUCAAAAGAUUCGACUGUUAGAAUAUGGGAUACGGUGUCUAGACGAAUUGAGAGCGUAUUAACCGGACAUAAGGGUUCCGUAUCCUGCGUUCGAUGGGGUGGCCUUGGUAAGAUUUAUACCUCCUCCCACGAUAAGACCAUCAAAAUAUGGCACCCAGAGGAUGGAAGUUUGAUACAAACGCUAUCCUCUCAUACUCACCGGAUCAACCAUCUGGCUCUAUCCACCGAUUUCGUUCUCCGUACCUCAUACAACGAGCACAAUCAAAAAGCACCCGAGAAGGAAGAAGACAAAGUGAAGUUAGCAAAGGAGAGAUUCGAAAAAGCUGCCACCGUCAAUAACAAGGUAUCUGAAAGGUUAGUCUCUGCUAGUGACGAUUUCACAAUGUUUCUAUGGGAUCCAGCUUCCUCAAAUAAGCCUGUGGCCCGAAUGCUUGGACAUCAAAAAGAAGUCAACCACGUCACCUUCUCUCCGGACGGUGCAUAUAUCGCUUCUGCUAGUUUUGAUAAUCAUGUUAAACUGUGGAAUGCUCGAGAUGGAAAACUUCUUGUUUCGUCUUCCAAGGACACAACUCUGAAAAUAUGGGAUAUUCGAACCGGGAAAAUGAAAAUGGAUUUACCCGGCCAUCAAGAUGAGGUAUAUGCAGUCGACUGGAGCCCUGAUGGUGAAAAGGUGGGAAGUGGGGGAAGGGAUAAGGUGGUCCGUAUCUGGCGACAUUAA